UAGUCGAAGACAUUCGGGGAAGCAACUUGACCAUGACCAGCGGUCACAACCACGGCAAGGCGUUGGUCCUGUUGGCCCUUCUGGGCCUGGUGGCAGGAGCAUGCUCCGCCCUGCAUCGUAUACCCGUGCGCCGCUCGGAUAAAUAUGUGCGGACCCGCCAAAGUCUCAUGGCCGAACGCGAGCAUGUGUCGAGGAAAUACAAUCUAGUGCAGAGCAAUAGCAGCACCAGUACCAAUAGCACCAGUACUACGCCCGCUGGAAACUACUCUGUGGAGACGCUUUCAAACGUGCUGAAUUUUCAGUACUACGGCGAGAUCAGCAUAGGAACGCCGCCUCAGAAUUUCAUGGUGCAGUUCGACACGGGGUCUGCCAAUCUGUGGAUUCCCAGCGUGAAUUGCUACAGCCUGGACUGCUACAACCACUCGCAGUACUCCUCGGCGAAUUCCACCACGUAUCAGAUCAAUGGGACCCCCUUCACCAUCACCUAUGGCUCGGGCAGCGUGGGGGGCAUCCUUUCCACGGAUGUGGUGACCGUGGCUGGACUGAAAAUUCGGAACCAAACCUUCGGGGAGGCCAUCACAGAGACGGGCGCUGGCAUGCAGGAAUCCUCGUUCGACGGCAUCUUUGGCAUGGCCUACAACAGUCUUGCCGUGGACGGUGUUCAGCCGCCCUUCUACAAUAUGUUGACCGAUAAUCUGGUGGAUACGCCCGUGUUCUCCUUCUACCUCGCGACCAAUGGCACCUCGGUGGCGAGCUAUGGAGGAGAGCUCAUCCUGGGCGGCUCCGAUGCCUCGCUGUAUGCCGGAAAACUCGUCUAUGCUCCCGUCUCCAACCAGAACUACUGGCAGUUCCAAAUGGACGGCGUCACUCUUGACGGCACUACUUUGUGCACGUAUUGCCAGGCAGUGGCCGACACGGGCACCUCACUGCUCAUUGCUCCGUACCCCACUUAUGUGAAGAUCGUAUCGUUAGUCAAUCAGGAGAUUGACUGCGCAUCCCUUUCAUACUUGCCCACCCUGACCAUCACCAUCAGCGGUGUACCCUUCCAGAUCCCGCCCAGUGCGUACUUCGUGGAAUUGGACGGCGCCUGUACCCUGGGCAUCACGUAUAUAGAGGACAUUGAUUUCUGGAUUCUGGGCGACAUUUUCAUCGGCCGCCACUACACGGAGUUCGAUUUGGGCAACAAUCGCUUGGGAUUCGCCUCAGUGAACUCCGGGCGUGUUCUGGGAGCUCUCUCACUGUGGAAGAUCCUCUCCCUAGCCGCUCUUUGUGGACUGUGGAAGCUGUUCAACCUGCAGAACUGAACGCAUCCGAACUGUGAAUUACUUAAAAGUACAAUGGGGACUUACAGCCCAAAGUGGAACAUUA